AUGAUUAGAGCCACAGCAAGAUCUUUAACUAGAUCAUCUCCACGAUCAACUACUCUAAAACUCACAAGAACAUAUAUUCCACUGACGUCGACAGCAAAGUUAUUGUCGCCAUCUCAAACUCAGUCCAGGUGCAUCACUAGAUCACUAGCCACAGCCGAUACUUCGCUGGCCAACUACGCCAAAGUCUUUAACCCAAACGCUGAAAAAGUGUCACUUGCAAAUUUAGAUACAUUUGCUAGACGCCACAUUGGACCAACUCCAGAAAAUGUCAACCAUAUGCUUAAAACCCUUGGCUACUCCGACUUGGACGAAUUCCUCGCCAAUGCCGUCCCAGAACAUAUCUUGUUCAAACGUAAGUUGCAGAUUCAGCCGCAACAAGGCUUUUCCGAACAAGAAAUGUUGAAGCACUUGCAUGAAAUUGCAGGCAAAAACAAGAUUUACAAGUCGUUUAUAGGCAAAGGCUAUGCCGGUACCAUAUUACCACCAGUGAUUCAACGUAACUUGUUGGAAUCACCAGAAUGGUAUACCUCAUAUACACCAUACCAGCCAGAAAUUUCACAGGGUAGAUUGCAGAGUUUGUUGAACUACCAAACCAUGAUUACAAGCUUAACCGGUUUAGACAUGGCCAAUGCAUCGUUAUUGGAUGAAGGUACCGCUGCCGGCGAAGCCAUGAGCUUAUCAUUCCACCACUGCAAGGGCAAAAAACACAUUUACGUCAUUGACACUGAGUUGCACCCACAAACCAAAGACGUUGUCAAAUCAAGAGCUGAGAAAAUCGGUGUUGAAAUUAAGGAAUUGGAAUUGGCUACGGAAGCUGGCGUCACUGAAUUAAACAAUAUUUCAAGCAAUGUCUGUGGUGCAUUGGUUCAAUACCCAGACACUAAUGGUGCAAUUAAUGACUACUCUUCAAUUGCCGAGAUUUUACACAAAAAUAAAGCAUUAUUUGCUAUGGCCACCGAUUUGCUCGCAUUGACCAUGAUCAAACCACCAAGCUAUUACGGUGCUGAUAUUGCAUUGGGUACAUCGCAGAGGUUUGGUGUUCCAUUUGGAUAUGGUGGCCCUCAUGCUGCAUUCUUUGCUACUUCAUCUGCAUUUUCUAGAAAGAUUCCCGGUAGAAUUGUUGGUGUUUCAAAAGAUAGAUUGGGUAACCCCGCCUUGAGAUUGGCCUUGCAAACAAGAGAACAACACAUCAAGAGAGAAAAAGCCACUUCAAACAUUUGUACAGCACAAGCAUUAUUGGCCAACAUCUCAGCAAACUAUGCUGUUUAUCAUGGUCCUGAAGGUUUAAAAAACAUUGCCAAAAGGGUUUAUGGAUUUACAACAUUAUUGGCAAACGAAGUUGCAAAAAAACACGAAAUUUUGAACAAAAAAUGGUUUGACACCUUGACCGUGAAAUUGAAUGGAGUUUCCGCAGAUGAGAUCUUGAAUGAAGCAUUAACCAAAUACGGUAUCAACUUGUUCAAAGUCAACAACACAACAGUCUCUUUGCAGCUCGAUGAGACUAUUGAGAAGCAAGAUUUGAUCAAUUUGGUUGAGUUGUUCACUGGUGCUGUUAUUGCACCAUCUGAAGACUUGCCAUCGAUCCCCAAAGAGUUGCUCAGAGACGACCAGAUUUUGCCACACGAAGUUUUCAAUACGCACCAUUCAGAAACUGCAAUGUUGAGAUAUUUGCACCUUCUUCAAUCUAAAGACCUCUCGCUUGCUAACUCAAUGAUUCCACUUGGUUCAUGUACAAUGAAACUUAAUUCAACAGUUGAAAUGCAGACAUUAUCGAUUCCAGGCUUUUCAGCCAUCCAUCCAUUUGUGCCCAAAGAUCAAGCCAAAGGUUAUAAGGAACUCGUUGACGAGUUUGAAAGAGAUUUGAAUGAUAUCACUGGAUUUGAUGCAACUACCUCGAUGCCCAACUCUGGUGCACAAGGUGAAUACACUGGAUUGUCAUUGAUUAGACAAUACCACAAGUCUCGUGGAGAAUAUGAGCAAAGAAAUAUCUGCUUAAUCCCCGUGAGUGCGCACGGUACCAACCCAGCUUCUGCCGCCAUGUGUGGUUUGAAAGUUGUUCCCGUGAAAUGUUUGGAUAACGGUUCAAUUGAUCUUAAUGACUUGCAGGCUAAAGCCGAAAAGCACGCAGCCAACUUGUCCUCGAUUAUGAUUACUUAUCCAUCUACAUAUGGUUUAUUUGAACCGGGUAUUAAACAAGCAAUUGAUAUUGUCCACCAAAAUGGUGGAUUGGUUUAUUUGGAUGGUGCAAACAUGAAUGCACAAGUUGGACUUACCUCGCCCGGUGAUCUUGGUGCCGAUGUGUGUCAUUUGAACAUCCACAAGACAUUUGCAUUGAGUCAUGGUGGUGGUGGACCAGGACAGGCGCCUGUUUGCGUUAAAGAACACUUGAAACCAUUUUUGCCCAAGCACCAUUUUGUGAACACUCCACAUUCAACUGCUGAAUCGAUCAAAUCGGUCAAUUCUGCGCCUUAUGGAAGCGCGUCUGUUAUUCCCGUGUCAUAUUCGUACAUCAAAAUGCUUGGUGCAGAGUCUUUACCCUAUGUCUCCACAGUUGCCAUGUUGAAUGCCAACUAUAUAAUGGAGAAGCUUAGACCUUAUUACAAGAUUCUUUUUGUUGACCCUGAGGCUACAUCUAAUGAAGGCUUGAAGCAUUGUGCGCAUGAGUUUAUUUUGGAUCUUCGUGAGUUCAAGAAGCAGGGCAUCGAGGCCAUUGAUAUUGCCAAGAGAUUACAAGAUUAUGGAUUCCAUGCACCAACAAUGUCAUUCCCAGUCAGUGGUACAUUGAUGAUUGAGCCUACGGAAUCGGAAAACCUUGCUGAGUUGGACAGGUUUAUCGACUCGUUCAUCUCGAUAAGAAAGGAGAUUGAUGCCUAUAUAGCUGGUGAUUCCAAGGGACAAGUUUUGAAGAAUGCUCCACACUCGUUACAAGAUAUAAUUAGCUCGCAGGACUGGGAAACUAGAGGCUACACCAGAGAAGAGGCUGCAUACCCAUUAGAGUUUUUGAAAGAAAAUAAGUGCUGGCCAACUGUGUCUAGAUUGGACGAUACAUAUGGUGACAUGAAUUUGAUCUGUACCUGUCCUUCAGUAGAAGAGCUUGCUGAAGAAGGGUUGUAA